GGACGCAAGAUGUCGAGCUCUGCAAGAGCGGUUUCAGCGGCCGCGUCUGGCCGUGGUAACAGGUCUUCUGUCGCCCCACCGGGCUAUCGGUUUGUACUACCGACUUUGCCAUCAGGCGAAACUAUGAAGGAGUGUCUGUUCUUACAUUGUGACGUUGCCGGGAGACCAUACCGCCUCGAAGACUUCCGUGACCCGCUGCAAGAACUCGGUGUACUGAAAGACGUGACCGGUAUUGGGCCCUUCCAAAUGACGCAUGUGUGGCUCAUCAAGCUACGAACUCCAGAGGUGAAGGAAGUGCUGGUUAGAGCGGGAGGCCUGGAGGUAAAAGGGCGCUUUUGCGCCGUCAUUGACCCAGUGCAACAAGACAUCACACUCAAAGUGCACUGGGUUCCAUUCCACGUUACCGGGGAAGCAUUGAAGAAGGCUUUCGACCACUAUGGCGAAGUGAAAGAAGUAAGACAAGAAGAUUGGAAGGUGAGGGGCUUCGAACAAGCUGAGUCUACCACGCGUAUUGUGCGGAUGACGCUCCGAGAGAACUUAACACCGGACGCUCUGCCCCAUUUGUUCAAGAUAUUUGGUGGCUCUGUGCUGGUUGUCGUUCCCGGGAGAGCUCCGAUUUGCCUGCGGUGUCGACGCAAAGGACACAUUAGAAGGGACUGCAGAGUGCCAAGGUGUUCUGAGUGCCGGGAAUUCGGCCAUGAAGCACAUGAUUGCGUACGUACGUAUGCAAGAGUUACUGGCAGCACGCAACCCGACGACGAAGGUCUCGAAUUGAUGGAAGAGGAGGUAACGGAGAAACCGACAGCGUCCUCGGAAACGCCGGUUCAACAGGUGGCAAGUGUCGCAAAAAAGGUGGCAACGCCAUCCGCGUCGACACAGGACGCCACAACAGGAAGAAAGCAAAGAGAAAGAAGAAGGAAUGAAGAAGAGAAGACACCGCCUGCGCCCGCAGAAACGGAUCACGGGUGUGACGCGUUUAACGUGGAGAUGGACGCGGAGCCAGAGACGCCAUAUGAGACGCCGGAUGAGAUGGUCACUGAGGAGCCAGCCGUGCCUUCCAAGAGGCACCGAAGCGAUGCUCCAGAAGAGGAGACGCCGGCUGACAGUGUUCAGCGCCUGGAGCCGCAGUGGAUGGUGGUCCGGUCGACCCGGGCCAAGAAAGGGAAGUCCGCCCCACCUCAACGGUCAGCGUCGCUCACCCGAGAAGGGCAGGCGACGCAGUGA